AUGGGCUCUCUGGACCCCGGAAAUGAAGGUCUUGGAGUCGGGCUCAUCGUCCUCCCAGUCCUGCAGAGCUGUGUGGCUGCCUUCGUCAGUGUGGGCACCUUCACCAACGCCCACGAACACAGCCGCGAGAAUUCUCUAUGGCCAGUCGGUGAGCAGCAGCCAAAGCCUGAAGACUUGAAUGCAUCUACUGACAGUGUUCCUGAGGAGGAGCAGCAGCUGGUUGGUCUAGCCUCAGAAACGAAGGCAAAGUUCCCCAAAAACCAGGAAACCGCCGAAAAGACCCCAGCUGUAAAGAUCCAAGCUUGGUGGCGCGGCACACUGGUACGUCGGGCGCUGCUGCACGCAGCCCUCAGGGCCUGGAUCAUCCAAUGCUGGUGGCGGCUGAUACUGCCAAAGAUUCUGGAGAAGAGGCGGCAGUCGCUCCUGGGUACCUUCCAAGAGCAGCAGUGGGCAGUGGUCAGGUUGCAGUCCUGGAUCCGCAUGUGGCGAAUCCGCAGGCGAUACUGCCAGGUGCUUAACGCUGUCCGAGUCAUUCAGACUCACUGGAGGGGCCAUGCUUGCACUUCAGGCGGUGUCAUCAAGGGCCGAUACCGAAUUACGGCCAGACAGCUGCAUCUUGAGCUGGAGAUCUUGCUGGGCUCUGGGCCUUGUAUAGUGUCUGAGUGUAUUCCCUUACCGUUAAAGCAGUGA